AAAGGCAUAAAUUUGAAUUGUUUUACUAUGUCUGCAGUAGCAUGAGAAGUUGAACGAAUUAGAAAAGACACACUAAUUUAUUUUUGCAAUAACUCAAGCAAGUUUUAUAAAUAUCGAUGUAUUUACAUAUUUUUUCAAGACUAUGUAGUAUCGCUCCAUGAGGAUUCAAGACGCCUGCCUCCUCCGGUAUUGACAUAAGAGUGCAAGCAAGUAUAAAGGCUGUAGUCACUGUCUAGUGGGGUCACUCCCUCCUAAACCUAGAUCAAGAGCAAGACCCAGAUGAUGGCAGCCUUACAAGUUUUUGAGGAGCUUGAUGUCCUCGAGGAUGCUGCAGGGGAAAGGGUCAGACUGCCGAGAAGGAUUGUGAAGGAUCGCUUGGAUUUAUUCCUGACUUUGACUGAAGAGGAAUUUACAUCCAGGUUCAGGAUAUCAAAGCAAAGCGCAAGGGCCUUACUUGCUGACUUACAUUUACCAGAGGCAGCUGAUGCAAGAGGAUGUCCUGUACCACCUCACCUUCAACUCCUCAUCACCUUAAGAUGGAUGGCCACUGGUGACCUGCACCAAACUAUUGGAGAUUGCCUGGAUGUCUCUCAGCAGUUUGUAAGUUCAUGCUCUUCACAUACUGUGUGUGCCAUUGCUGCUUUAUAUCAGCGGUAUGUAAAGUUUCCUGGAAGGCAUGAGUUAGGGUCCAUCAAGACAAACUUUGAAGCAAUCUCUGGAUUCCCAGGUGUCAUUGGUGCAAUAGACUGCACACACAUCCCCAUUCUCAGUCCAGGUGGUCAGCAAGCAGAAACUUACCGAAGCAGAAAGGGCUUCUUUUCAUUAAAUGUACAAGCAGUGUGUGGUCCAGACUUAACAUUUUAUAAUAUUAUAUGUCGAUGGCCAGGAUCAGUCCACGACAGCGGAAUAUUUGCUAAUAGUUCUCUGUAUGCUCAGUUGCAAGCUGGCGAUUACAAUGGCCAUUUGUUAGGGGACUCAGCCUACCCUCUUCGUCCCUUUCUUAUGACUCCUGUUGGGAAUCCAUCACGGCCAAAUGAAGGACGAUAUAACUUGGCUCAUGCUAAAACCCGUAAUGUAAUAGAGAGAGCAUUUGGAGUGUGGAAACGACGAUUCCGUUGUCUGGCCAUUCCUAUGCGUACAAGCCUGGACACAACCAUGGCCACAAUCUGCAGUGCAGCUGUUUUGCACAACAUUGCACUGGCAGACAGGAAUGAAGAUAUGGAAGAUUAUGACAAUGAUAUUAUAAAUGAAGAGGAAAGACUCAUUGAGUAUGCACAAAAUAGACAUGCAGGACAGAGGAAGAGGGCAAACAUGAUAAAUAAUGUAUUUUCAAAUGAAUAACAUGAAAUGAUAUAAAUGUCAGGGACCAAUUUUUGCUGCCCAAAUAGUGAUAAAAGUAAACUGUUGUCUGUAUCUUUUUUGGGUUUUGUAAACUGAGGGAGUAAGCCAAUACAAAGGCUGCAGGCACUAUACCAAAUGGGGUGACUAUCUGGCCCGUGCUGGGUUAAUGGGUCUCUCCCACUACAAGCUCAAAGGGUCAACUGGACAGGAAUGAGCUCUGAGCUCCACAGUCACACAUAGCUAUAGCAUAUACUCCCAUUACACACACAGGACAUGCAAACACACAGGCGUGGAACCCUACUCUACCUUCAGGUAAUGUGGUUUUCAGUCUGGAAAAUAAGUUAUAUUUGUUUUCAAGUUUUAUAUUUUUGUGGAAUCUGUUUUAUAUGGUUGACUAAUAAAAUCUAUUGGAAAAGUAUUUUGAUGUUUAAUACGACAAUCAUAUCCUGAAAGUCUUUCAGAACAGAAGAAAAAAAUGAUUAGUGAUUUUUUAGUCGAGCCAAGUUUUUCUCGUGAUAUUCUUUGACACACCUCUUUUGAAUGGCAAUUAGUUCCAAUUGGCUUUCAUGAACUUUUGAGAGAUUGGCAUAGUAUUCUGUUGCCAACCUCUUUUCGUGAUCCAUUACAUGUACACACACAUAUGUACACACACACACACACACACACACACACACACACACACACACACACACACACACACACACACACACACACACACACACACACACACACACACACACACACACACACACACACACACACACACACACACACACACACACACACACACACACACACACACACACACACACACACACACACACACACACACACACAUGUACACACACACACACACACACAUGUACACACACACACACACACACACACACACACACACACACACACACACACACACACACACACACACACACACACACACACACACACACACACACACACACACACACACACAUGUACACACACAUUCUUUUCUCGAGGGCUUAAUAAAUUUUCUUCACUCGCUAAUCCCUAGGCCACUGAGGACUGGGUGAGGCGCUAAUCUCAGGGCAGCCGUUGUCUUUAUAUCCACCCACCCACACCCAUGUCACACCCACAUUCAUGAUCAUUCGUCAGAACGAUUCCUACCUUUUUCCCUUAUUCCUUUCCCCAGGUGUGGGGUCAGAGGCCCUUUUCAUAUAUAUGUAUAUAUUCCUCAUAUUUUGUUUUUCUACAUAUUUCGAAACGAAAAAUAGUAAUUACCGUCAUGUUUUUGAUAAAUUUCGUCGAAGGAGACCCUGAUGUACCCAAAGCGGGUACUCAGCAUAUAAUGUAUGCGAAGGAUGAAUAUGCACCAUACAAAUUUCCCGCGCUUUUUAGUCGACACGGUGCUACAUCUAGCAGGCUUUGGGAGUGUUAGCGCGGGCGAUCACUUUCGGUCGCCGAGACUGGCGAUCGCCACCGCUGGAGAAAAAUGGGUGUUUAAAGUACGGCCUUCCUCACCGACACGA